AGUCAUUAAGAUCCAGAGGAGCUGGCAGUUGUUGCGUUGGGUUCCUCCAAAACAUUGGUGUUAUCCGGAGGGCCACAACCAUGGAUUUUGGAUCCAUCUAGGUAUUACCAAAAUAUUAAAAUAGUGGAGGAUAGCGGUAUGUUAAAAUUGACGCAUCUCAAAGGUUAUGGACCAACAAAGAACUAUCAUUUAUUUCAUGCAGUAUGUUUAGAUUUUGGUGAAAAGAUGCUGAAAGUGAUAGUGGGUAACAACCCUACAUCAAAAAACCAUUUCCCUGCCACUACCAAUACAACAAUAAGGAUAUCCUGUGCUAAACCAACAAGUUUACAUUUAAUACCAGUCAUUAAACAACCAGUAUUAGAGAAACCAUGUCCUAUUACACCUGAUUCUCACAGCCAGAUUCCCGUUCACCACUCUCAAAAUCUAGAAAUCAUUGUGGUUGUAGCCGACAAUAACGGUCAUAAUUUUGAUAAUUUUUCAUCACUGAUUGUUACCUGGGAAACAAGUGAUAAAUCAUUGGCAGGUUUUGUUGAUCCUGUUACCUUAGUUACAGAUGAAGAUGGAGACUAUCCCGGUAGCAAAAGUCUUCGAGCUGUACAGAAUGCUGUGUUAACUGCAAAACUGGGUCUUGUUAGUGUCACUGCCACUAUUGUGGGCUAUGAUACCAAGUUACUCAGAGCACGCUCAAUUAAUCUGGCACCAAAGAUAAUACCAACAAUCAGCAAGUCACUAGAGUUGAUACUGGUAAAAGAUGCACUGAUUACACCAAGUACAAUCUCUAUUUUUAACCAUCCAUCUAGUAUGGUUAGCUUGAUAGUAAGUGGUGGAUCUGGAUAUUUUUAUAUUGAAUCAAGUCAACAGAAUAUUGCACAAAUCAAAUACCUGGAGAAAAAAAAAGAAAUUCAGGUGACUCCACAAUUUGAUGGAUCAGUGGUGAUCACAGCGAAUGACUUGUGUCUUUACUCACCAACACAUGCUGUAUCACAUGUCUAUAUAUCUGGAGUAAAUCUCAUUGAAGUCAGGGUAGUUGACAAGGUUGAAAUCAACAAAGACAUCACUGCCAGUGUUAGGGUAUUGGAUUCUAAGAAUAAACCAUUACAGCAACGUUACUUUGAACUGAUGGGUUUAAAACCUCAUCCAUCCUCCAAUAUCAUUACUGUUAGACAUGAUACUGAACACAGUUAUGAUGAAUUCACUGCUUACUAUAUUAUUCAUGGCAUGUCUCUUGGAAGAACUAGUCUCUCUUUUGUUGCAAGUCUUAAAAAUGGACAAACUGUGUCAAGCCGACCAAAAGACAUACAGGUUUUUCCAUCCUUGCGACUCAAUCCUCGGAAUGUUACUCUUAUUAUUGGUGCAGUGUUUCAGGUUCAUAGUUUUGGAGGGCCACAACCCCAGUCUCACAUAGAAUACAGCAUAGAUGACAAGAACAUUGCCAAUAUUAAUGGAAGUGGUUUGAUUGAAGCACUGUCAUUGGGGCAUACAAGAAUCAAUGGUAAAGCACAGGGAUUUGACACAGAGACUGGUGAGACAGUUGUGUACUCACAGGAUCAGAUUGAUGUUUAUGUGGUUAGACUCACUGCUAUAAAUGUGUAUGCACCAUUAUCUAGAUUGGAAACUGCUGCCGAAAUGCCUGUAUAUGCUAUUGGAGUAAACGAACAUCAAACACCUUUCACAUUUGGACAUGCUAUACCUGGAUUGAAGUUUUACUGGACUGUCAGUAACGUAGAUGUGAUAACCCUCUCUACAGUCUACCAUAAGAUUGGCAUUGAUAGCUCAGAUGAGAAUAACUUUGGAAUGCGGUUACACGCCAUCAAUCCCGGGCAAGCCACUGUGCGAUUGAAAGUAACCAUCUCACAGAGUGGUCACAAUCAAAUCUUGGAUGACAUGGUACUCAUAGAUGAAGUACAGAUAGAAGUGUUUGCCAAAUUAUCUUUAAUACACCCAGAUACAUGCUCCAGUAUGUUAUUGAUGUCACACAACACACAGACUCAAAUUAAAACAAAUAGAGAUGGUUCUGCUCGAGUCAGUUACAGUUUAUUGAAUCUUUUUGAUGGUGAACCAGUGAUCACAAUAGACUCCAUGGGUUACGUGAAUUCAAGGUCAUUGACUGGUCAGACAUCUGUAUUAAUCACUUCACAUGAAGAAUUUGGUAUAAACCAAACUGCUGUUGUUCUUGUCAAAGUUAAGCCUGUAUCUUAUCUAGCCAUCAAUUGUGAGAUGGCUGUCACCACAAUGGAGAGAAAACUCUACUCCUUUCCAGUUGGAAUCAGUCUCUUCUUUACAAUUAGUUUCCAUGACGAUCUUGGGGAGAAGUUUCAUUCAACAAACAGUGAAUUGAACUUCAGGAUUAACAGAUUUGACCUCCUACAAGUAAACCAAGGGUUGGAGAAUGGUACAUUUGUUGCUAGGGCAACUAGUAGUGGGAAUACAAUAUUCAAGGUUUGGGAUAAGAACAGUCCACAUAUUGCUGAUUAUGUCAAUGUACCUGUAGAUAGCGUAAUCACACCAAAGGACUCUAGUCACAUCACUGUUGGAGACAUUGUAUGUUUUAACUCACCACUUGUUAAAUUAGAUGGACAGAGAGGUCACUGGAAUUCAAUGGAUGGCAGUAUCUUGUUUGUUGAUUUUCAUUCUGGUGUUGGCAUAGCAACCAGGCCUGGAACUACCACAGUCUAUCAGAAUCUGACUGACAACUUUGUUACCCAUACUGAGAUAACAGUACAUGCUGUACAAGACAUCAGUAUUGAUGAUACAGCUGUGAUGUAUGUUAGUAAUCUUCCCAAAGAUGAGCCAUACAAGAUACCUGUUGUUUUGGGUGAAAUGUCUAAUAAUGUAAAAGGUGACAAUUGUAGUCAAGAGAUUCUCCAGUCUAUGUACAACAGAUUGACUUUACACAGUGUACCAUUUCAAUGUAUAAUAAAAUUUGACAACAAUGCAGACAUCAGAGCUCAGGAUCUCUUCGGAGUGACCACUGCAUUUGAUGUUAAAAAUGGACAAUAUUACUGCUCUAUAUCUCAGAUGCAGAUGUUGCAUUCACUACAACUACUUAGUACAAUAGACAGUACAUUACAGUUGUCUGUGUCUGUUUUACGUCAAGAUAAUCAGCCUUUGAUCAAAUCAAGAAUUGUCAGUUUACCAUUUUUACCAGCAUUUUAUAUCAGCCAGUCUGAUAUUACAAUAAGUAAUAAACAUCCACAAACAGAACUUGUUGUGCAUGGUAUAAAGAAAGUACUUGACACUGUUCAGGUAUUGUGUAAUGACAGCUCUGUAGUUGAAGUGAAAACAGGAGUGGAUGUUGGUGCCAGUAAACGUUACCCAAUAACACUACUAGACACAGUAUCACCACUCAGACAAGGCAGUGUGUCAGUUCACAUUGAAGUCACGUCCACAUUGACCGGACAGUCUCAAUUAUUACCAGUAAAGAUCCCCCUUAUGGGAACUGAUGAAAAACAUGAGCCAGUCAAGUUAGCAGGAUGGGCAAGAGUUGUACAAAUCAUUGCCAAUAAUUACCAGUCAUGGUUAUAUCAUAUUAUGAUUGUAUUGGCUACAAUUGGGGCACUCUUCAUAGGUUACCAUUUCCUGGUUGCUCCUCGUUAUUAUCAUUCUGCAGCCCUCAAUAGGUCUGGUGUAUUUCUACAACCAGGUCAAGGGUCACCACCUCCUUAUAUGGCAACUCCUCCACAUAGUCAUGGCAGUCCAAUCAGAUCACCUUAUUAUGGUGAUAUUCCGUCAAUGUCUCCCAGUCGAAGAAAAUCUCCCAAGUUAUGGAGCACAGGUGUGCAUCAUCCAGAUAGAUCCGAUUCUUUUCAUUAGUCAUAGCUAUGUAUUGAAACAAAAAAUAAAAAAUCUUUUUAAGGUUAAUAGAAGAUGAUUGAAAGUAUACUAUGCACUGCCCUCUAGUGUCAGGGUUUAAUGUGAUUUAUUGGUCAUAUUACUGGUAGUACUUGGAUAACUAUAAAAGUCAAAGAAAGAAAACUGAUUACAAAAUGUUAACGAUAAUCUUUUAGUGAAAACAAGUGAUAUUUUCCCCUCUCAUUAUCAAGUCUGAACAAAUUAUUGCUUUAAAGUCUGUAACCAAGAUCUAUGAACAGAGGUAGGUACCCUAGUUACCAUUGUACUGGUGAACCCUGUGACCCUAGUUACCGUUGUACUGGUGAACCCUGUGACUGCUGCAAUGAGAAAAAAAUACUCUUAUCUCAUUCUUGUCUUCUAUAAGUUAUCUAUGGUUAGUAUUUGGCACAGGACUAAACUUAAGAAGUGAAGAAAAAUUAUUAAAAGCUUUACUUUCACUUCCACCCAUUAUGUCCAUACUUUGUUAUUUUAUAUUGUUCACAGCUUUUAAUUAAAAUCAUUAACCCUUUGAAUACCACACUCGACUUUAAUCACAAUAUAAACUUGUAUCAGAGGUACAUUACUUGGGGUUUGCAACACACAUAGUACUGUAUGGUGACAUCAUGUCAAGACCCCAUUCAAGUCUCAUCUUGUAAAUAGCGAGACUGAUGCUACUACCUUCUGGCAUGACAUAGGCGGUUUGUAAUAAAACAAUAAAACAUGUAUUACCACAUUCAUAGUGAAAAAAUGUAAUACAUCGAAAAUGUACAAAAAAUAUAGUUAUCGUAAUCCAUCUUAUAGUGAGCAGCUAUUUUAAUCCACCUGGACAUCCCAGUAUCCUAGUUACCACGGGCAUGUGCAUUCUCAUUUUUCUGAGUUGGAAUGCUUAUGCGAGAUUGUAACGGGAUCUUGGUAUUAUGUCACCGUAGUUGAAAACCCCAAGUAAUGUACCUCUGCUUGUAUACAUUGUUUUUCAACAAAAUUUGUUUCCAUACAUACAUGGGAUAGUGCAAAGUAUUCAAGGGGUUGAAAAUAUGAAGACAGUAGACUGAACUAGUUCUAAGGCUGCCAAUUUCAUAAAAACUUAGAUACUAGAUUGUUUUUGCUGCCAAAAUUGUUUUCAAAAUAAACUUAAAUAUUUGUCAACAGUGAAUUGAAAUAAUUUUUCAUAAUUAUUUUACCUGCAAUAUCACUUAUGUUCAUAGACGAGUUGAAUUAUGUUUAUUUGGCACACAGGUUACACAGAUGUAUUAUGUUUAGUCAUUGGAAUGAAACUCA